AUGUCGCAAGAUAACCUGAGCGUGGUGACCGGUUGUCCAGGACAACUGAAAUUGGAAAAGCGUCAAGUUCCAGAAGUAAAUCCUGGAGAGGUUCUGAUCAAGAUGAAUUCAGUUGCGAUCUGUGCAACUGACGUCAUAUAUUGGCAAUUUGGGAAAUUGGCCGAUUACGUGAUCAAAAAGCCAAUGGUUCUGGGACAUGAAGGCUCAGGGGUCAUCCAAAAAGUGGGCUGUGGAGUGACGAAUGUCAAGACAGGUGACAAAGUGGCCAUUGAGCCUGGUGUCCCCAGAGAUACUGACGAUUACGUUAAAGCUGGCCGCUACAAUCUGUCUCCGACGAUUUACUUCUGCUCUUCUCCACCUGAUGAUGGGCUUAUGUGCCGAUUCUUUGUUCACAAGGCAGACUAUGUCUACAAGCUUCCAGACUGUGUGAGCCUUGAGGAAGCUGCAUUGGCUGAGCCGCUUUCUGUUGGUAUUCAUGCAUGUCGCAGAGGGAGAGUGAAGCUGGGUUGCAAAGUCUUUAUCUGCGGAGCUGGGCCAAUUGGACUUUGUUGUUUGCUUAUUGCAAAGGCUAUGGGAGCAUCUCAAAUUUUGAUGUGUGACUUUUCAUGUGAACGAUUGGAGAAGGCCAAGCAGAUGGGAGCCAGUGCAACCAUUAAAGUAGAGAAGUGCCCGACAUGCCCCAUCGAAUUUGCCCAGAAAGUGAAGACGGCUCUGGGUUGCAGUGGGGCAGAGGUAACCCUUGAGUGCACUGGGGCUGAGUUUUGCGUCCAGGCUGGGAUCUAUGCUACACGUUCUGGAGGGACGGUGGUUUUGGUUGGUAUUGGUCCAGCUUCAGUGAAUAUCCCGGUGUCUAACGCAGCGUUGAGAGAGUUGGAUAUCCGGGGAGUGUUGAGAUAUACUAACACGUGGCCGAUGGCUUUAGCCAUGAUGAGCACCAAGAAGGUGGACGUAAAGCCCAUGAUCACCCAUCGGUUCCCCCUGGAGCAGGCCACUGAAGGGUUUGAGACCUCCAAGCGAGGGACAGGAAUUAAAGUGAUAAUGCAGUGCGAGAGUCAAUGCCAACAGCAGCAGCAGCAGCAAUCGUGCCAACAGUCCUGCCCACCACCUGUGCAACAGUGCCAGCAAUCGUGCCCACCACCGCCUGCUUCAUCCUGCCAACAACAAUCCUGCCAACAACAAUCCUGCUAA